CUGUUAUCAUUCACCUUCCUUGUCUUUUUUGCAAAAUUCAAAAAAGUUUUUGCAGUACAACACCUCGACUCUUUUGUUGGUCGUCUGACCGAAAGCGAACAAUGUCGCGAACACUUCAACCAGUUAGCGCACAAUGCGCAGCAGUUGUCGAAAGAGACCAACCAAUUAAUGAAACAGCUCGUUCAGCUUAGCAAUGCUAACCGAUCACUGCGUAUCCAUCGUGAACGAUUACAAAAUGAAUACAUAGGUGUUUUGAACCGGCUACAGGGCUGCCAAAGACGUGCUGCUCAGACUGAGAAGGCUAGCAUGCGUAAGAUGCGUGAUGCUGCUGAACAGGAUGAAGAAGCCGCCAAAAGAAUGGAGGAAGAAGCUGCUGCCCAAGGGAGCCAGAUAAAGCGGCAACGUCAGCAACAAAUCAAUAUCAAUGAAAUUAGGGAA